AUGCAACCUAAAGUUGGCGUCGACUUUGCCAAGGUCCAAAUCCCGCGCCGACCUCGCGUGAAGGCCAAUGGCGUUAGGAACAUCUUGAAUACAGGAUCCGACGAUUCUGACCUGCUCGGAAACGCCGUGGAACAGUUGGAGGCCGGGGAGAACGCGCCGGCUGCCGAGAAUGGAGUCGUGCUCGGCGAGUACCUCGAGUGGGGCUCAUGGUUAGCAUGCAAGGAUGGUGAACGCGUCCGGAUGCGUGUGUGCGUUUCUAGGAGAGCGGCGCGCAACAUCCGAUGCGAGGGACCAUCAAAGGAGUCCCAAGCCUGCUUCUCAACCGACGAGACGAACAUCCCGGUGAUGACGGACCCGUGGAUGAUCGAGCGCGAGAUCAGCGGCCAAAACAUGAAGCCAGCUAGACCCUAUACCCAGCCCCGAAUCUGGGAGUAUCUGGUGAAAAAGAUGAAGCACCUUAUCCUUGCCGCGGCCCUCAUCGGCUCCCUGCAAGCUGCUACGUCCCGAGCUGAUGUUUUUGAGGGCGAAACCGUCCGCUUUAUACCUGCCGGCGAUGUUUUUGAGCGCGAGAGUGUGAUGGGAAAUGAAACGAUUACAAAAUGCAAAAAGGACGAGAGCGACGGUGAGAACUGCGGAAAAUGGGUUGUUAGGGAGAACGGCACGCUGCCAAUCGACGAAGUCGGUUCCGAGACCGUUUGGGAGGGAGAUGAGCUCGUGAUUUCGAACGUACAGCUCGCUGACGCCGGCACUUACCACGAUCCGGCGGGUGCCAAGGACCCGAAUGGCAGCUCGGAAUCCGCAUCUUCUGAGGGUUCCUCAGGAGAUGGCGACGACGACAAGUCGAACUCGAUCGUGACGUUGAUCGUCCACAGCGGCGGCGACAUGGAA